AUGUCCACCAAGCUCGAGCGAACCAUUGCUCGAAACGACGAGAAAAUUGCCGCCGGCGAGUUCUACGACGCGCACCAGGGCAUCCGAACGGUCGCCAACAGAUACGUCAAGCAGAAGGCGUACAAUGACGCCAUUGAGGUGCUGUACAAGGGAGCCGAGUCGCUUCUAAAGGCCAAGCAAUACGCCUCCGCCAGUGAUCUGGUGCUCUACAUUCUCGAGGUGUACACCGUGGCUGAGAUCCCCGUGGACUCUGUGUCGCGAAACCGAAUCGUCUCUCUGAUCCAGCUAUUUGACGUCCACGAGCCUACCCUGGUGAAGAUCAGUAACGAUGCCGAGACCUGGAGCGGCAAGUUUGGCCCCGUGUCGUCCGGAGAUGCAAUUCUGCACAACCUGUUUGGAACUGUGUUCGCCAAGGCUGACGAGGGAUACGAGGCCGAAAAGAACCUGCUGCUGGGCACCAAGGAGUCUGCGCCAAUUCUGGGACAGCUGCUGUUUGACUGGUCUGCCGAGUCCAAGGACGCUCCCCAGGACGCACCUCUGUUCCUGUCGCGGGGAGUUCUGGGCUACCUGGGCACCGAAAACAUCAGAGACGCCACCGUGUGCGCCCAAACGUUUCUCAACGCCUUUGACGUCAAACACAACCCCGAAACCAACAACGUGGAGGCCGCAGGAGACACCGUCAUCACCACCUACGAUGCCUACCCUCUUUUCAACUUUCUGCAGCUGCUGAUUCUCGCGUGCCGAUCGAAAAACCCCGAGACCUUCAAGCGACUGCAUACCCGAUACGCCCAACAGUUGAGUCAGCUGCCCGCCUGGAACCCUGCUCUGGAAAAAAUUGGCCACGUCUACUUUGGCAUUGUUCCCAAGCGACAGGGCAACAUGCUGGAGGAUUUGAUGGGUUCUUUUUUCAAGUGA